AUUAUAAUGUCAGAGCGCUCUGUGAAAAUGCUCCAUGUUAAAGUUUUGCUCAGCUUGUGUUGGUGGACGCUGGUUGGUGUGUCCGGUGAAUCAGUGUCAGUAAUGGAGGGAGAUUCAGUCACUCUAAACUCUGGUCUCACUGAACUGAUGGAUGAUGAUCUGAUUGAGUGGAGGUUUGUCAAUGAAAACACUUCAAUAGCUGUAGUUGAUAUAAUGGACACCAGAGUCACUGUAUAUGAUUCCACUGAGAGAUUCAGAAACAGACUGAAGGUGGAUCAUCAAACUGCAUCUCUGACCAUCACACACACCACAACUGAACAUGCUGGAGUUUAUGAAAUAAAAUAUACAGGAAAAAGGACCAAACAUUUUAGUCUCACAGUCAACACUCGUCUGCCUGUUCCUGUCCUCAUCUUCAACUCUUCUCAGUGUUCUUCAUCAGUGCAGUAUUGUUCAGUGUUGUGUUCAGUGGUGAAUGUGAGCGCUGUGAGUCUCUCCUGGUACAAAGGAAACAGUGUAUUGUCCAGCAUCAGUGUGUCUGAUCUCAGCAUCAGUCUCUCUCUACCUCUGGAGGUGGAAUAUCAGGAUAACAACACCUACAGCUGUGUGAUCAACAACACCAUCAGCAACCAGACCACACAUCUGGACAUCAGCACACUCUGUCUGACAUCAUGUUCAGAGUUCAAAGCCCACUGUUGCGGUUUUACUGAAACUAUGAUCCGAUUGGUCCUCUCUGCUCUGGUGGGCAUGGCUACCUUGGCAUUUCUGGUUUUUGACAUCAGAUCCACAGGAAGUGAACACAAGAAACCGAUUUUAUUAGUACUAUAAGUGACAUAUCUUGGAUAUUUAAGCAUGCACACACAAAUAUUAGUUAAAUAUAUAAUAAACAGAAAGAAAAUGUUAUGAAAGUGUCAUUAAAAAAACAAUGUGGUUCAUAUGUGUUGUUCAAUGAUAUCUAGACAAGGCUUACCAAUGCUUUCCUGUCUUAAUAAGGCUGAUGAGUUGAGCUUUUUAAUGCUGUGUACCUUGAGGCCCUCUAGUGGUCAAGAUAAAGAUUUAUGGCAUUUUACUCUC